AAGUGAAUUAAACAACAACCACAGGUUCUUCUCUUUCGCUAGUUGACCAAAAGAUAACAAUGCCAUUUUAGUGUAAAGUUAGACUUAAUGGGUAAAAUUAUUUUCUAAAGAGUACAACUCGAAGAUUAGUUUGUGGUCUGGAAACAUUUGAAGGAAUGGAAAUCGUUUUUUGCGUACUUUUGCGUAAUCUGUUUGAAAGUACUGUAAAACCAUUCAUUGUAAUUUAGGAUCACGAGUGUGAUAUUCUUAAACAACCUUAAUCUACUCUUAAACGUCCUUCUCUGUGCGUAUUUGUUGUCUGGAGUUACUUGACAACAUCAGCUUUCAUGAAAUCCAGAAAUUCUGCGACAAAGCAUAAUGCAUUGGAACCCAUGGGGAAGCCAGGCCUCAGCCAAUCUCACACCAAGGAUUUGUCAAACAAAAGGAACAAACAGAGUUUGAUUCCUGUACGGUCACACCAGCAAGAACAUCCAAAAUCGCACACAAGUGACAAAAAUGAGAGUGACAAAUACGGAACAUCUUUCUUGGCACAUUCUGGACCUUCUAUUGACUAUGAUUAUUCUCCUACCUUAUCCGACAUGGAAAGACCUUCACUGUCUUCAAGAGUUCCAAAAUCCACUGUUUCCUCCCAGCCAGAAGUUCACCAGGAUUCAGUAGUGUCAAAGUACAUUGAUCGUUUUCGCUAUGGACAACCGCUGAGCCGAGAGGAGCGCCAGUUGGAGUCCUCUGAAUUUGAAGAGGAGAGGGUGCCUUUGUGGUGGAUGUCUUCCUCCGAUUCACCUCCUACUUCCACACCAACUAAACCUGCACACAAAGAUCCUAAAGAUGACCACAGUCCAGCAAGACAUCCACUUGAUGACUCAAAUUAUUUACCAUGGAAAGGAGACGACAACACGAAUGCAUACAUUCCGUCAGACACGUCUCAGAGUGUCUUUGAGGACACAGAGAUUCUUCAACUUCAAGAACGAGCCAGCAGACUUCUACAGAUAGGUGAGAGUAUUCUCAGCAGUGGAUCAAUUGCUGUCAGUUCAGCAGGCUUGGGAUCGUCAGAUGGCUCUUCUCCGGUCAAUAUAAACGAGGCGGUGCAAAAAGCUGUCAUUAACGCUUCAAUAAAAUCUACAGCAAUGGCUAGGUCGGACUCAACUUUAGCUGUGCCCCUCCAGAAAUAUACUGUCACUUCAUUACGGGGACCCCCCACACGCCCGGAAGAGGACAUCCUCUCCCAGUGGCGUUUGAGAAGAAAAAUGGAGCAGGCCAGUGAACGAUGUCUGUCCCAGCAAAACUCCAGACUUUGUACCCCCACGUUUAGCGGUCCGGACCCCACUCUCCACUAUUCCCCAGUAAAUAAACACUCUUACACGCAACAGCCAAGUGUUUAUUACCCUGACCCCUCCCACGGAGCUUUUCCUGAUCCCAAAGAAGGCCAUGGGCAUCAUCCCUCAACUUCCGCCCCCCUUACCGGUGCUGUCUCAGAUACAGUCGUCUCCCAACCACAGUCUCUUGCGCAUGUUCCUGCGCACAUGCAUCAUCUUUGUGAUAUACUUCCCUGUCCCACACCUCAUGCUAGCACGCUCCAAGGAAAUCCACAUAAAUCGGAAAAGACCUCAAGGAAAGACACCAAACUCUCUGAAGUUAGUUACAUGGAUGAGCCUCCUCAUAGACACAUUCCCUCACCACCUCCUACUCCUUCAAGACAUGCAGAUGUACGUUGUCCCUUUAGACAUACAGAUGGAGGUCAUCAUUCUGUUCCCAGAGUAAGUAGCAGUCCAUCAAGACCUUUAGAAGGAGGCUCUCCUUCCAGAUUUACAGAAGUGGGUGAUUUGUUGAAACCUAAGAAAGAUAGCAGUCCUUGUAGACACAUGGAAGAAGGGCGUCAGUCUAGACCUGGAAGAGGAGGUCAUCAUGAGAACCCCAGAAUGACGAACGAGACGGCUAAAAUGGAAAAUGCCCAGGUAAAGCCGGGGGUAGAGAGUGAGAAGACUGGGAGGACUGUCAAAAAGCCAAAGAAAUCAACAAGGUGUACCGAAUGUAGUGAGCAUGCUAAUGGGCCUAGCGCCACAAGCUCCACACAUCAGAAGCUCCCAAAAAAGAGCAAGACACGGGCAGAUCCACAACAACAGGAGAGACGCAAAGACACAGGCAGUCGUGCGCCACCAUCUCCUGUCCAUCAUGCCUUAGGACAGGUCGUUUCAGAGGUCCUGUUCCCACCGGAGGAUUCUUUGCCACAAGAUGCAGCUGUCUCAUCUCCUCCUGCUCCUCCACAAUCCUCACUUCCUCCUUGCAACGCGCACACCUCACUGGAGGUCAUGUCCCAGCUGCUGCAAGAGGCUGAAGAUUCUGAUGAGAAAGAAUUUGAAGAUGACCCUUUACUACGUGUCCUUCGCACGCAGAGAAAGUGCGUUAAGGAGCAAAUCAGUCAAGUGGACUUAAUGUUGCACAAAUUCCUGGAUAAGCAAGAAGAUACCUCAACUUGAUGCGGUAACUUGUGACAUUUUUAAUUUAUUGACAUUUAUACGGAAGAAAUACAAUACAAUAAAAUUCUCAUUAUCACAACAUG